CACGAGUCAACGUGAGCGAAAAUAACUCCUUUGUCCGGAUGGAAAUUGUCCCACCGCAGUGAUUUGGUAGGACACUUUUACUCUUAGUCGACUUAUUGCGUUUUAUACGUUUGGAUGAACAAAAGUCAGCUGAUGGUGCAGUCUAAGGAAUUCUUUCGGAAACGAACUCUGGACUUCAGUGAUAAAUAUCGCAAUCUGACAAAGUUUACAACUGAUGUGGAACAUUUCCUGGAGGAGUUCGAUAUGGUGGUGGAGCACAGAAGCGUCUAUCGACGCAACUAUCAGCGUCACCUGCAGGAAAUCGAAAGUAACUUGAUAUUGUUACUUAGUAAGUUUAACCAAAUUGAUCGUGAGAAAACAAAGAAUCAACUGUUUAAAGAAUUGUUCUGCUGUGGGACUCUCUUCGAAGAUUACGAUGAACUCCGAGAGCAUUAUUUUCGAUACCAUUACACACCACGACUAGUGCACCCAAAUAUAGUGGAGCUUGAAUCGGGUCAUGGAAAGCUGGAGCACUUUCGAAAUCGUUUGCAAGAGUACCUGGAUUACGGGACAGAGCAUUCUGCGGUGUUGCUGGUCAACAUGAAGAAAUUAUUAAAGAAUAUACGCCGAACUAUACUUAACGAUGAAUUAGCCAGAAGCAACAAGGUGGAAAAACCAGAUUAUCUUAUCUACAGAUGGAGAGAAUAUCGACCGAAACAAUAGGAUUGAAAUUUAGUUUACCAAAAUGACCUUCAAUUCAUUUGAUAUGUAAUUUUUCUGGUGAUUUUGUGGCUCCUAACUGAAAUGAAUUUAUAUUAAUUAAAAUACCAAUAAAUAUAUUUCAAAUUGGUGAUACGCGA